AUGAUUUUAUUCUCUGGUAGUCAAGGCCGGGUGGUGAAACUCUGUGCCCGCUACGAAUUGGGCUCGCAUAUCUUGGAGAACUCUCACGGCCUUGUUGUGGUGAACACACCGUUCGAUUUCGAUAUGUGUACUCUCCGCAUCCUGAAUCCCGAGACCACCGAGUACAUCGACCUCCCUCCGCAUUUCGGAAGAAAAAACUCUAGUAAGAACACUUGUUUGACAUAUGGGGCGGCCUCUAUGGAGUACAAAGUGGUGCAAGUGUACAUUAAAUUAGCGAAAGGUGUCAAAAAAUUGACGUUCGAUGCUAUAAUGAGAGGAGAUUUACUUUACGAGUGCGACAUACUAACUGUCGGGGCCUAUGGCGACGACUCGUGGAGGCACAUGCGCACGGACCACUUGUCUCGUGAGGCGAAGAGCCUAUUGUCGAUGGGUCCCCCGUUGUCGACCGAAGGUUUCGUGCACUGGGUCCCGUAUCAUAGGGGCUCGAAUGUUUUGACCCUCGAUGCGGAAACUGAGGUUUUGACCGAGUCGCGGGUUCCCGUGUCUUUUGGUCAUUUGGGGAAGAACAAGUUUUUAGUGUCGGGAGGGAAGAAUUUGACGUUUUUGCUAAGAUAUUAA